GCAAACAGAGUCGCACAAAAGCCGCAUCAGAAACCAGAAGUUGCAGGAAAUGCUUUGUGUGGGGCCUUCCAGGGGAAUGAUAUAGAAGCCAGUUGAGAGUUAAUCGGAAUAUUUGGGUGUGUGGCUAUAUGAGGAGUUACUUGGAUGGAAGGGAUAGCAACGAACAGAUUUUCUUUCUCAGAAGGGACUAAGGUUUUUCAUGUGAUGAUUUACUGGUAAGAAGGUUCACCGGAAGAGCUUGCUAAAUGGAUAGAUAUUGGGAAUGGAUUUGGCUGGCUUUCAGCCUUUCAGUCUUGCUAACAGAUACUGGGUUUGGCUACUCCAUCAUAGAAGGUCCCAGAAAUUUAACAAUUCUAGCUGGUUCAGUGGCUCAUUUUAAUUGUACAGUGUCAGAACGGUGGCCUGUUUUGAUAUGGCUUUUAAAUGGAAACCCUAUAUUGACUGUACUGAGUAACGGAACACCUAUUAUAACAAAUCCAAAAUACAAUCAGGAUGGUUUUCAAAAUGGUACUGAGUUCACCUCCGGACUCAAGAUUUUUGAUGUCCAGCUAAAUGAUUCUGGAGAAAUAAAAUGUAGUCUCCAGAACUUGCAAGACGAUAAAUACGCAUUUCUUUCUGUUCAAGUUAAUGGAUCUUUGACUAUCAAAACUGGCAACUUGUCAGUAAGAGAGAACCAGACAACUGAGAUAAUUUGUGAAGCUCUUGGAUGGGCUCCUGCUCCACAGAUUUCCUGGAUGGUAAAUAAUAUUACAUUAGAUAAUUCCAUGUACAUUACCAACCGGAGUCAAGGAUCAAAUGGCUUGUACAAUGAAGAGAGUAUCUUAACCCUGACACCAAUGACCAAUAGCACUGUGACUUGCUUUGUCGCUAUAGAUGCACUCUCUGAGCCACAGUAUGCAACUGUGACACUUACUGUGUAUGAACCUCCUUCAAUAGCAGGUGAUGACGGACGAACUCGAACUAUAAUUUUAGCAGUUGUAUUGUCAGUUGUUGGUUUCCUCCUCCUGAUCCUUAUUAUUCUGCUUAUUAUCUGCUGCUGCAAAAGAAGGAAAGACUCCAAGUAUCAAGAGGAGAUGAGAAAGGCAUCAGAAAAGAAAACUGCUGAUAGAAAUUUGGAGACAGACAGACACAGUGGACAGGAAAAUUAUGCAUACAGUCCAGACGAUACAGGGCGUGCUGGGCAAAUGACAGGAGUUCCCUCUUUCUCCCCAGAUAACUCUAGCCUGUAUGCUCCAGACUGGGAUUUAGACGUGAAUCCUGCAUCACAGGUUUCUUAUAACGGACGUCAUGAUGGAGUGCAGCCCUCAAGAACUACUGCUGUUCCAAUCAAUCCAAGAAAAAUCAGAAAUGUGACACACGUAUAGGAAAUCGUUUUCUCUGGUCUUUGUUCAAGUCCCACAUCUUCCAAAGCACUUUCUUUGCUAUUCUUGGUGAAUUUUGAUGCAUCAACACAAAGAUUCAACACCUUUGCAAGAUUUGCAUUCUCCUUUGUUUUAUCUGAGAACCAUCAAGUACCACUCACAAUUUAAUUAAGGAGGCAUUGCCUGUUGUCUUUUUCUGCAGCUGCUACUUAGAAUAAAAAGGGUGACACUCCCUCCACCUUUAAAUACUCAUUUUGUGUGAUGAAUAACUCUAGCAAAUGUGAAAGCACUUUCAAACUAUUGGUUGAUCCAAUAGAAGAUUUCAUCCUGUUGAUACUUUUUGAAAAUAUAAGCAUUUACACGCCGGGAAAAUGGCAUUUUUAAAUCUCAACAUAGAAGCUUUUAUUCCUCACAUAAAGUGGAUAGGACUGAUGUGGCAACAAGAUGAAAGCAGGCACAUAUCUACCAGAUCACAGGACUGAACAAGUGACGGGGGCAUGAAAUUACCACAUAAGCUAAAGCUGAAGUGAGUUCAUGAAGAUUCGUAUGUCUCAAUAGUUAGUCAGCUUUGAAUCUGCCUCAUACAGAGCUGUGAUGCUUGUCAGCUUAAAUGCUUGCUAUUAAUAUUUCUAAUUAUAUUUCUAAUAAUGUGUCAGGAGCUCAGCAGUCCCAAGAUAUUACAAACUACUGCUCCAAGGGAAAAUGUGUAUUUGAUUCCACUUUUUAAAUUUAACUUAUAAAGCAUGGCUGUCUUGCUUUGGUGCUCAUUAAAAACAUAUAUUGAAACAUUUAAAAAAAUCAAUAAAACAUAUUUAAAAUAUCAUGCGCGUGCAGACACACACUAACAUGAUCCUAAGUGCAUUUAUUUGGAAGUAAAACUCAUUGAAAUUAAUUGUUUUUGUUUCCAAGAAGCUGAAUUUAUGCCCCAGCGCAGAAUACUUUUUUUGUGUGACAAACAAUUUUCCCCCUCUUGUUCAAUGACUUCUGGAGACUUUGCAUAGAGUAUAAGGGGUUUUCCACCACCCAAUCAAUUCUCCGUUGGUGCCAUAUUACCCAAAUAAAACAUACAUACUUUCUGCUG